CAUAAUAAUAAGUAAUGGAAUGCCACAAGAGUAACGAAUAACCUUAAAUAACCUGCUAUGUCAACAAAUACGACGCCAAUAGGCAACGUCAACCUCUAACGCUAGACCGACCACUUAUCGCGGCGUGUCAGACGUCAGACCUUCGAUCAUUGAUGCGUUAUAUUCAUGCAAUAACACAUGGAAAAUCGGUGAAACAAUUGAUAUCAUCAAAUAUAAAGAAUUCGUAUAAAAUGUGGAAACUUGUUAUACUGCUAGCGGUAUUGUUGUUUAACACGAGUGCAGCAAUACCAUAUCCAUCUAAAUACGAUGCAGAUUCCUAUAACGAUCCCAUUAGUGACAAACGUCCAAGAUUGUUCAGAUCAUUUGGGAAUAGUAUAGACAGGGAAUUCAUUGAAGAGGACGAGACGGAGCCGCCGUGGCUACAGAAUUGGACAGGCCGAUGGUUCCCUGCACGUCCCAAUGAUCCGACACCGCCCCCAAAAGUUUGGCCAUCCGUCGAUUAUGCUCCCAUUGACCAUUUGUCGAUGGGAAAAAUGUAUGAUUGCGAUGACGGAAAAACAAAAUUAGAAGUUGACUGGAAUAGAUCAAACAUAAACUUCACUUGCUUCGGACCAAGAAUUCAGCCAGAUGUGAAAAUUGAUCCCAUCCUCGAAACAGUUCUUAUACCCCCGGCGUAUCGAGCACCUCACAGAUGCAUGAACGAAACAAUUGAAUACUACGAAGACCUUCCUGUAUACGGAACUCAUAGACCUGUAUAUCCAGUUUUUGGAGAAUACAAAUUUUUACCCAAACAACGAUGGCUUCAUAGCCUCGAGCACGGCGCUGUUGUAGCGUUGUUCCAUCCAUGCGCCAAUCCACUGGAGGUAAAUCUCUUGAAGAAAAUGAUUAAACAAUGUCUGAGACGCCACAUUAUUUCGCCGUACGACCGUCUGGACCAGCGACGUCCUCUGGCGUUACUCGCGUGGGGUUCUCGCUUGACCAUGUCUUACGUCAAUCCUGGAAUAAUCAGAGACUUCAUACGGGAGCGAAGUCUCCGGGGUCCGGAAAACAUUCCUCAGGACGGAGAAUUCGACGAGGGUCUCAUAAGAAAAGCGCAGGUCGUCAGCGAUUUUGAUGAUUCCAUGAUUUGUCCAAACAUGUAAAGUUUUUUCUCGUCAUAAGUAUUAAGGUACGAUCAUGAUCUGUUCGGGUUAACACCUUGCAACGAUUGGACUAACUUUUGGAUAAAAGAUUGCCCGGACAAAUGGAACAGAUUUCUCGUACAAAUGCCCAGUGCAGAGCGAGCAAGGAGCGAACACACACACACACACACACACACACUUCUCUCUCAAUAAAUUGUACUUGAGUAUCAACCCAAAUCGAAUUCAUUACUAUUUCGUACUUUUGUCCGAACGAAUUCUGUAACCCGUAUGAAAAAAAAAUUGAAUCGAUCAAUACAGCGGUGUGUUACACGCAUGGGAUGAAUCGAUAAAGUACGUAAAGACGUUCGACUUGUUAAAAACGUUGAAACAUUCGCCAAGCCUUGCGUACGCUCUAUUGACCGUUUUGAAUCAUGUACCGGGCAUUGAAACUCAUAUUUGAGUAUAACAAGUAUCACAUUUUGUUGUAUUCGUCCACUAUGUAAUCAGUUUGUACUUAACGCGUUGUAUCGUAUAAGAAUUUUAGCAAAAAAGAUGGAAGAAAAAAAUUUCAUAUCAAUUUGGAAGGAAUUAUUCGUAGUUGAUCAUGAAAAAUUUCUAAUUAUUCUUCUUAAUGGAGUAUAAUAUCGGAGGUGGAAGAGGGGAAUUAUGAGAUGAACGUUGAAGAUUUUAAUAGAUUUUACUUCCGUUCUCAGAAUGUACAUUUUACAAUAUAUUUAACGUUUGAAUGAAAUAAUUGCUUUAUUAUGAACUAGAGCGAUUACCCAACCAUGGGACUUUUGAGCAGCUAUGUUUGCGAUUGAAAGUGAUUAAUUCACCGUCUCUUGUCUCUCGUGUGAUCCUCAAACUCGCAUUUUCUUCUUUAUAUCUCAAGCGCUCUAAACACGACACAAUUUUAAUAUUAUUGUCUACUCUGCGCGCUCUACAACCAGGUGCAUUAUAUAGAAUAUCGUGUAUUUACAAGAGAGAAUAAUCGUUAAAUUGAUAUGGUUGAUUUUUGUCUACAAUCCGAUUCAUCAUCAACAAGUUGUACAACAAAAAGUUACAAUAGCGGUGGUAGAAAGGUUCCAUUUAUACUUCUCAAAUGAUUAUUGAAUGUCUUAUUGCGAAAGGUAUACAAUCGGCUGCCGAUCGAGCGAGUCGAAUGGAAUCUAAUCUUCCGAGUAUAUUAUAAUUUCGGAUUCAUUUUAUUUCAAGUCCCAUGGAGAUAAUCCAACGAUGAUAAUAUUAUCAUGGUGCAUUUUAAUAAUAGAACAUUCAAUACUACGCGCUCCAGUGACACAAAAAACUUUGAAAUCGCUAUCAUUUCGACGAGCCUAUUCUUUUCUAUAUCUUCGUUUGGGCGCAGUGCUUCUUUUUUUUUUUCGUGUAUGCAAUUGUACAGAUUGUGUUGUAUAUGCAAAACGAUGCUGCUGUACGUUGGGCCAGUAAAUCGGCCCUUUUUUUAUCUUUAUGAUAGACGCAUAAUAAAAAUGUUUCUUCUUCUUA